AUGCAAAUAUCAAUUGUUAUCGAAUUAUUUUUUCUAUUUAUUUUUUCGACUAAUCGUCAUCAUCGUUCUUCAUAUUUUGUUCAAGCUGAUUCAGCAUCAUGUCGUAAACAAGUUGAAUGUUUUAUGUGUGAUUCAAGAGAAAAUCCAGCAUGUGAAGAUUCACGAACUUUUUCUCAAAUACAAAUGCCUACACGUUUAUGCGAUGAUUAUUGUUUAAAAGUGUGGACACGUGAAAAUGAUACUGUAGCAGGAGAUGAUAAAACAACUGCAUUGCGUUAUGUACGACGUGAUUGUCAUAAAAUCUUUCGUUAUCAUAUAAAAAAAGCUGAAACAUGUUAUCAACAUAAAAAACAUCAUACAGAUUCGUUUUGUUUAUGUAGUUCGGAUCGAUGCAAUUCAUCUAUUAAUAUUCGACUAAAACAUAUAUAUUUUUGGAUUUUUUCUCAUAUUUUUGUACAACAUAUUUUCAUUGAACUAAUAAUUGAUAACCAAAGAAAAAACAUCGUUACAAUAGAAAAUAAAAAAUAUGAAAAAAAGAAAGAAAGACGAAUUAUAGCACCAUUGAUCUAA